AGCCAGCGAGCGCGGCGGCGGCGGCGGCUGCGGCGAUGGGCGGUGGAGGCGCGCGGUGACGGCGGACAACGCGGGCCGCGGCUCACGGGAGCGCAGAGUGGGCAGUGCCGGCGGCCGCGGCUUCGCAUGGACUGGGGGUAUUUCGCGAUCCGCGGGAGCAGGUGUUGGCCCCAGAAGCAUCCCUCGGGGCCGAAUGUGCAGCGGACAAUGCCCCUUCUGACCCAACAGAUCCAAGACGAUGAUGAUCAGUACAGCCUCGUGGCCAGCCUUGACAACGUUAGGAAUCUCUCCACUAUCUUGAAAGCUAUUCAUUUCCGAGAACAUGCCACAUGUUUUGCAACUAAAAAUGGAAUCAAAGUAACUGUGGAAAAUGCAAAGUGUGUGCAGGCAAAUGCUUUUAUUCAGGCUGGAAUAUUUCAGGAGUUUAAAGUUCAGGAAGAAUCUGUUACGUUUCGAAUUAAUUUAACUGUCCUUUUAGACUGUUUAUCUAUUUUUGGAUCAAGUCCUAUGCCAGGGACUUUAACUGCUCUUCGGAUGUGUUACCAAGGUGAUGGUUACCCUUUGAUGCUGUUCCUAGAAGAAGGAGGGGUGGUAACAGUCUGCAAAAUCAAUACGCAGGAACCUGAGGAGACCCUGGACUUUGACUUCUGCAGCACCAAUGUUAUUAAUAAAAUUAUUCUGCAGUCAGAGGGACUCCGUGAAGCAUUUUCUGAAUUGGAUAUGACGAGUGAAGUCUUACAGAUUACGAUGUCUCCUGACAAGCCUUAUUUCAGGUUAUCUACUUUUGGAAAUGCAGGAAGUUCCCACCUUGACUAUCCCAAAGAUUCUGAUUUGAUGGAAGCAUUUCAUUGUAAUCAGACCCAAGUCAACAGAUACAAGAUUUCCUUACUGAAACCCUCUACAAAGGCAUUAGUCCUAUCUUGUAAAGUAUCUAUUCGGACAGAUAACAGAGGCUUCCUUUCAUUGCAGUAUAUGAUUAGAAAUGAAGACGGACAAAUAUGUUUUGUAGAAUAUUACUGCUGCCCUGAUGAAGAAGUUCCUGAAUCUGAAUCUUCAAUAUGACAAUUCAUGAUAUUUAUGUGUACAUAAAUGAAGUUCUUAUUCUGAGUACAAUACUCUAUAAUUUCAUAUUGGAUUUUCUGUAGAGAAUAAGCAUGGGGAAGAAAGGAGCAAGGUUGUGUACCCCAAUCGUUACUAUGUGUUUUGUAAAUACAGUUUGUAGAGGGCGUGUAAAUAAAUGUUUUUAUAUAGUCGUAGAUUA